UCGGCAAGAUCAUUCUUCAACUCCCUCACAACGUGUGAGCAGCAACUUUUGUGACGCCUCUGUCUCUUCCUCCAUCUGAAUCUUCGUCUUUCUUUACUCUCUACGUCUUAACUCUUUCGACUGAGGUUGCCGUGAGACGAGCAGCUGUUCUAUUUUUCUCCGGCUCAAGACUUGGUCACAAAAGACCCAACACCAACAGCCGCUGACCGUUGUGUGUGGAAACACACCAUGGAUUCAAACGGGACCCCGGAAAAAGCCGUCGACGAAGAGGUUCGUACACUGUUUGUCAGUGGACUUCCAAUCGACGUCAAGCCUCGUGAGCUAGAUCUUCUUUUCCACCCCUACAAGGACUAUGAUGGUUCCUUAUUGAAGUUCACUAGCAAACCUGGCAAGCCACUCACACCUGUUGCAUUCUGUACUUUCCUCUCCCGGGAAUCAGCUGAGAAGGCAAAAGCAGAAUUGCAAGGUCUCAAGUUUGAUCCUGAUUUACCCCAGACUCUUCGCUUGGAGUUCGCAAAGUCCAACACUAAAAUGACUCGCAAACAAGCAAUAAUAUCAAAUAUGAUCGCAACUAACUCAAAUUCAACUUCACCUAACUUUACUCCUGCUACCAACUCAACUUUCUUCGAGCCUUGGCAAGUGCCAAUUGGCCCAACUAGUGCGACGAUUGGCCAACUUCCGCCUCUCUCGGUUGCAAUGAGCGGAUACAACAAUGACGUCACCGUAGUGUCACCAGGUCACUACCCUGCUGCUAAUAUUAGCCCCACCAACAGCGUACACCUCCCAGGCGUGUCUCAUGCUGAGGUCAUGCCAACCGUGGCAAGUCCCCUGUCGACCGUGACCACCCUGGGCGGCACGCAGUCUUCUCCUCCAGCUCAGUGGGCCGCAAAGAUGUCUCCGUGCAACACGCUGUUCGUUGCCAAUCUGGGCACCUACACCACUGAACAAGAGUUGCGCGAGGUCUUCGGAAGGUUCCCCGGUUUCCGCCGGCUACGCCUUCACAGCAAGGGUUCUACACCUGUGGCUUUUGUGGAAUUUACCGAUGAGACUUUCGCGCACAACUCUCUUGUCUACCUUCAAGGAUUCCAGCUCCUGUCCUCAGAGCGCGGCGGAAUCCGCAUCGAGUUCGCUCGAAAUCGCAUGGGGGAUCGAGGUCCCAGUGAGAAUUUCUCCGGGUUCAACACCUUCUUCGACAUGUCACCCCCUGCUAGUCUGCUUCCCAAUCAAGUUUUCUACCCUCAAAUUGAAUAACUCCUGAACGGUUGUCCUCUCGCCUCCAAUCGAUGGCACCUUCAGCCUGCUUAAGGCGUAUAGGCACUAAACUCACCGGUAAAUAAUAUCACGACUGAAAAGUAAUAUAUCGAUAGAUAAUACCAGACCCCAUUGACAAAAUCAAUAACAUUGAUUUUUAUACAACUGGCCAGUGCCACGCCCUCACUUUGCUGCUGCUGCAGCGAUCACCGAGCAAGUCGGCACACUUCACCAAGGUGCCCCUACUCUAUCCAGCCACCUGGCAUCCCCAAGUUCAUGGAAGAUGCUCCCAGGUCCGUGCUCCGGAUGGUUGACGAUCUUCGCUGAUUUGGCGCCAACAGCAGAGAUCAUUCACUCGGUGUUCUUGCAGCGCAUCAACGUGUAAACCAGAUGCCAAUGUAAUCCAAAUAAUUAUAAGCUUGGUUGGUGAAGCAGACCGUACGGCUAGCGAGACUGCUGUUACAUAUUCAUAAGUUAUAAGUCCCCAUAUUUUCUCCCCCCCCCCUUUUUGUCCCAAUCUCCUCCCAUCCCCCUCAUUCCCCUCCCUCGAUCUUGGUACUAUAUCUUCCCCCGUAUGUGUGCGUGUGUGUGUGUGUUGUGUGUGUGUUUGUGCGUGCGUGCGUGCGUGCGUGGUUGCUUGUUUGUAAUCCCGCGUGAUCGCUAGCGGCAGUUUUGUUGUUGUGUGUACAGGUAACUUAUCUGGUCUGUAUUGUACUUGCGCAUCAGUGUAUGGGCCAUGAAGCAGCCCCUCCCCCCCCCCCCCCUUUCCCUUGCGAGUGAGUUAGUGAAUAAGCGAGUGAGUGAGAGGCAGCGUCAUGUAAUUUUGACAAUGCUGGUUGUGUGUGUGUGCAGAGUUGUGUGUCGACGUUUGCAGUUUAUGACUCCCUACUCUUGACCGUCCCUUCCCCUACCCGUACGCUUUCCCAUACGCUCCCCAUUCCUCCUCCCCAUCCCCUACACCCCUGUGUCCUUCUCCCUCAACGCCCUCAUGAAUAUGUUCAUCCAGACUACUAUCACUGAGAUGGGUCACCUCCUCUCACCAGGGACUGACCACAGCAGUCAGCUAACUCUUGCGCUAGCUUUAGCUGCGCACAUUUUUGUCUUUGUCUUAGCACACCACCCCCCACCCCCCCCCCCCCCCCCCACCCCUCCGCCGACCGGCUGUGUGCUAUAUUCGUCGUUUAUUCUUGAGAUUGCCGUGGUGCGUGUGACCGUGUGUGUGUCGUUGCUUCCUGACUCCGCUUGUCUUCUGCUGUGUCCACAACGUGUAGCAAGCCACAGGCUCUCUCUCUAUCUGUCCCUCUCUCUGCCCGUCCCUUUUCUCCCUCUGGGUGCUGAGGUAUACCGAUAACGCGGCACUCUCCAGCGCCCAUGCUUUAUCUCCCUAUCGCCAGUGAUAUUACUCGGCGCACAUUCCUUAUCUUAUCCCCAUCUAGAUGUCGUGUGCACCGACUACAGAGAAUUCUGUUCUAUUUGGCUCCAUUCUGGAAUCUGUUGUUCUUUCUUGUCAUGCUAUGAAGUGAGUGCCUUCUGUAGUACAGAGUCUGUCUGUAUUUGGUUUUCGUGACAUUCUAUGCCUAGUUCACUACCAGAAAGAAAAAAAAUACCUAUUGUAUCUCGCUAAUGUUGAUUAUCAGAACA